AUGGUUAUCAAAGGCGGCGGUCCUCCACCUUCCACGGAUCCAUCAGAAUGGCCUCACCGACCCGCUUAUUUCUGUGCGCAUCCGGAUGUGCACACCAAGGAUUACGAAGCCGGUGCUCCAUUGCCAUUGGGUGAUUUCAUUGAGUUUGAAACCGAUCUCUUUGUGGGCAAGAUGAUUUGUCGUAUGAAACCCCUUCCACCAACAACAAGCCCUCCUGACGACAGCAGUGGACAUACUCGACCUGCUGACAAUUCCAACAAAUCCGAGGAAUCCUCAUCAUCAUCGUCGUCGUCAUCUCACGAAUCUCAUAAAGAGUACUUUCACGGCAAGAAGAGACACUAUCAAUUUGUGGUGCAAGGACACUUUCGCAAGUCAAUUCCACUUUCGGAUAUUGCCAUGGGCGAUUUCUAUGAGAAACCCUUUCUCGGGAUUCCAAAGGGAGCCAUCAUGCGCAUGUAUCAACGAUUCAUGGAAACCAUUUCGCCUGGUUUGAUCAUGGACAUGACCUCGGACAAUCCCAAGAUUCUCGCGGCCUUUGGAUCGGCACAGACUAUGCGAGUCGAUCUUAUUGGCGAAGAACCGGAUUUGACACAGAAAUCCAUUCUGAAUGACUUGCAAGACAACACCAAGUUGUUGUUUGGGGAGAAACCACCCAAAAAGGGCAUUGAGACAUCGUCGUCCAAGCGUCGUAGCUAUCUCUCCAAACCCAAGAAUGCGUCCAAGUAUAGUACGAAUCCAGAACAUGUCUAUACAAUCGAGUUGUACGAUCAUACCAUGUGCUUUGGAUCCUACUAUCAACAUGCGAUGGGAACCAAGGUCGACAUGACCAAGACUAUGAAUGCACAACCUCUGGCGUUUGCCAUCUUUCACAAGCAUGACCAAGCGGUCAUCUGUAAGUUUCCUGUAUGGCAUGAACGAUUGUUGGAAGAAAUGAAGGCAACUGGUAAAGAAGAAGAAAAGCAAUAG